AUCAUUAAAUCAAGGCUUCUUCUUCGAUCGUUCCUCUCGUCUGGUCUCUUGUUGUGAAUUACUUCUCCUAAAGGAAAGGUUGCAGAGAAUCUGGAUAUUGAAAAAUUGCACCGUCUUAGAAACCCUAAUUUUGAGGAAUCGGCGUUUGUUUAGAUGGCUCUAAAGGAGCAGCUAAAUAAGUUCAACAAACAGCAAGAGAAAUGUCAAUCUACGCUUUCGAGCAUUGCUUCUUCCAGAGAAAGAGCGGGGCCUUCCUCGAGGCAGAACGUGCCUCUUCCUGCGGCAAUCAGUCAGAAGAAGCCUGAUGGUCCUCCUGUCAAGUUCUCUAAAGAUACUGAACGACUUCAGAACAUUAACAGCAUUAGAAAAGCUCCUGUUGGAGCUCAAAUUAAGCGUGUCAUUGAUCUUCUCUUUGUGACAAGGCAAGCCUUAACGCCAGAGCAAAUAAAUGAAAGGUGUCAUGUUGAUAUGCAUUCCAAUAAGGCUGUUUUUGAUAGUUUGAGGAAGAAUCCGAAAGCACACUAUGAUGGAAGAAGGUUUUCUUACAAGGCUACACACGAUGUCAAGGACAAGAGCCAGCUUCUUUCAUUGGUGUAUAAAUACCCUGAUGGGAUUGCAGUGGUUGAUCUUAAAGACGCUUACCCGAAUGUAUUGGAGGAUUUAAAGGCUCUGCAUGCUUCCAGGGACAUCUGGUUGAUACCAAAUUCACAAGAGGACAUUGCGUACCCAAAUGAUUUCAAGUGUGAGAUUGCAGUUGACGACGAAUUUAAAGCUCAUUUCCGUGACAUAGAUAUCCCAAGCGACAUGCUGGACGUGGAGAAGGAGCUGCUGAAAAUCGGUUUGAAGCCGGCGACAAACACUGCUGAGAGGAGAGCUGCUGCACAGAUCCAUGGCAUAUCGAACAAACCGAAGGAUAAGAAGAAGAAGAAACAAGAGAUCAGCAAGAGAACCAAACUCACCAAUGCCCAUCUACCUGAGCUCUUCCAGAGCAUUAACGCCAACAGUUCCCGGAACUGAACCUCGUAAAUGGAUAUGAUUAUGCGGUUCAAAAUUCAAAAUAAUCAUGACUUUUUAUCACUUAAAAAAUGUAUAACAGUGGAGAACAAACAUAUUGUAAUGGUUAUGACCUCAAGUGUAACGAUGGUUUUCAAGCA